UUGAUGUAGGAAGCAUGUACUCAUGACUUUCAUAAAUCCUAAAAUUCUGAUAAUAAUUCAAGGAGUAUGUAAGUUAGAAUAAUCUAACUGUGUCUCGAGACAUUUAUCAUUUUUAUGAUCAUAGAAAAUUCUCUCUAAGGAGUAUGCAAAGAAUUACCAUUAUUAUUUAUGUUUAAUCUUUUUGUACAGUUUUAUAGUAAGUUAGCACAUCAUUAUGCUUUGUCUUUGAUUUCAGAGACAUAAAAACCAUAACAUUUUUUUUUUGGUUCGAUUUUCAGAGGUAGUGGUUCAGGAAACUCAAGGACUGGGGUAGAAGCCCAAAAACAGUACAGCAAUUUGAAGCAGAGAGCCAAAGGAAAGUUGUCGGAGAUGAAGAGGCCUAAGACAGGUGGUGGUCCAAAGCCCCCAAGUCCAUCUCCUGCAGAAAAAUCCAUCUUGGAUAACUUGGAGGGUAGACCUUCAUUGGAAGGUAUAUCUGGAGGGAUAGAUACAGCUGAUCUGUUGCCAACCCAGCCUUCCACCUCCUCAGAUAUGCCUGAAAAGAAAAAAGAUGUCAGAGAUUCUGGUAAGUCAUCAAAGAGGAGAAUGACAAUUCAGGAUUUGGAAGAAAGGAACCUCUGUCUUGAAAAUGAUAAAUUACAAGAAGAAAUCAAGAAGAUCAAAGAUGAAAGAGAGCUUAUCCAAUCACAGAAAUCUUAUUAUGAUUUAAAAUUUCAAAUAUUGGUUAAUUCAAAUCCAGAGGUUGUAGCUCAAAUGUUAAAAAGUAAUGAAAUUUAAAAGUUUGUUAAUGAUUAAUCAGGUAGUGUAGGGAUAUAAAUGCAUUUCUGGUGCUGCAUGAUGAAAUAUUGUAGUUACCAUAUAAAAUUUUUAGGUCACCCAAGUUACUCAGAAGCCUUUUUAUGCCCCGCCAUGAAUAUGGCCGGGGCAUAUAGUGUUUGUCAUGUCCGUCUUCUGUCCUUCCGUCUGUCUUUUCGUCACGCUUUGCAUUUAGCUCUGUUCAAAGCUCAGUUGCAAAGAAACUAUCCAAGAUUUUUUUGUCAAACUUAAUAUGCUGAUACAUACUGAUGAGAGCUAUUCAACAGCAUCAAUAUUUAUUUACCUUUACCUUUCCUUUGACCUUGACCUCACUUUUCUUAAAUUAAUGUUUACCUCAGUUUUCAAGAUACCAUUCAAUAUUUUUAUCAAACCUAAAUAUGCUGAUAUGUAUUUGUGAUAAGUAUUCAACUGCAUCUAAAACAUUUGACCUUGAACCUUCCUGUGACCUUGACCUCACUUUUCUUAGAUUUGCAUUUUGCAUAAUUUUAAAGAAACCAUUUAAGAUAUAUUUAUGUAAGUUUAUGCACUUAUACAUAAUUUGGUGAGAAUUUAUCAUCUAUAUCCAACUUUUUAGAUUUCAAUUUCAAUUUUAAAGAAACUAUUCAAGAUAUUCUCAUUAAAUUUCAUACAUUAAUACAAAUUUACAUGUUGCAUUACUAAUAUACCCUCGGCUGAGCAUUCAUGUCCUAUGGACAUAUUUCUAGUUGCUUUAUGUUUUUGUCUGUCAUCAUGCGUCAUCAGUCAACAUUUGAUCAUUUUAAGCUUCUUCUUAAGAACUGCAGAACCAAUUUUUAAAAAAAAUUGGCAUAUAGCAUCUAUAGGUGAAUAAUUUAAUUUUAGUUGUAACAUGUCAUUUGGUUGGAUAAUAGAUUUCAUUUAUAUCGUAUAACAUAAGUUGCCUAUGUCACAAUGAGUUACAUCAAAAACGUAUUACUCCACUUAAAGUUACUUUUAAAAUAUGCUCAAUUUGAAGCCAUUUUUGGAGGAAAAAUUGUCUUAUUGUCUACACUGAAAUUAAAAUAUAAGGAAUGAAGCUUAUUUUAACCUAUGUUAUAUGAAAUAACAUAACUUGGGGCAGUUUACGCUUUUUAGCUCACAUGAGC